UGUCCUCGCUUUUGACGCUGAGGGUCGGGCCAUUGACUUUGACGUCUGGAUAGAUGACCUGCAGCUUUUCUUACAGUGCGAUAGGGCAGACGGCCUCUCCCUCUUUGACCUCACUUCUGGUGCCUCUCCUGCUCCCGCCACUGAUGCUGACGCAACUGUUCGCUCCCAGUGGGCCACGCGCGAUGCUGCUGCACGUCUUGCUGUGCGUCGCCACCUGCCUACCUCUGAGCGUGCGCACUUUAGCCAGUACAAGAGUGCUCAGACCUUGUACGACGCUGUAGUUGCACGCUACUCCUCCCCUGCCACUGCUGCACUGAGCCGCCUCAUGCUACCGUACCUCUUCCCUGACCUUGCUGCCUUUCCCACAGUCGCUGACCUCAUCACGCACCUCCGCACUAGUGACACUCGCUACCGCGCUGCGCUUCCUGCUGAGUUCUGCGCCAAGAACCCCCCCCCCAUGUACAUCACCCUCUACUACAUCGUCACCCGUCUCCCUGACUCCCUUCGCGUAGUCAGGGACCACUUCCUCUCGGUUUGUCCCACCACUCUCACCGGGUGUUCCCCCUCCCCUCUUUUGCCCUCUGUUGCCUCUGCUGCUGCGGCCGACCUCGCUGGUUUGGAGUCGGUUGGGGCAGCGUCUACCACUAGCGGGAGACGCCGCCCUGGCAGGGGCAAGGGGGGCAGGGGCGCUGGAGGAGCUAGCGGGGGCGGUGGAGGCGGCGGUGGAGGUGGUGGAGGAGGUGGUGGUGGCGGCGGGAGUGGUGGCGGGGGUGGAGGUGUAGGUGGCGGCAGUGGAGGCGCAGGAGGCAGCGGCGGUGGCGGAGGGAGCGGAGGUGGCGGCGGUGGAGGAGGAGGCGGCGGAGGAGGUGGAGCUGGUCGGGGUGGCGUUGCGCAGAGGGUCAGCUCCGGUGGUGGUCAGCGCCAACAGCAGCAGCAGCAGCAGCAGCGCACUCGUGACGUCCCCUCCCCUCAGCAGCUCCGUGAGUGGUACACUGCACGCCAGAGGGGUGGGGGUGCUGGUCCGUGCACCUACGUCCUGCGCACCGGCGACCGCGCGGGUGAGCAGUGCGGGGCUGUCUUUGACCUUGACUUUGAUGCUAUUCUUGCUGCCAUGUAUACUGUGACUAUUAGUGAUGAGGGUGACUGUUACCGGUGUUUUCCGCCCGACCCGGGCAUUGAGACUGCUGCUCUAGGUACUGGUGAGGCUGCUGCUCUAGGUGCUAGCGAGGCUGCUGCUCUAGGUGCGUCUACUCCCUCAGGUGCUGGUGAGUCUGCUCUCUCAGGUUCUGCGUCGGCUUCGGCCUCCCACACCUUCACACUUGACUCGGGGGCUUCUCGCUCCUUCUUUCGAGACCGCACCACACUCACGCCGCUUGGCCGGCCAGUUGCGGUCUCCCUGGCAGACCCCUCUGGGGGUCCUGUCCUUGCUCACUUCUCCACUGUCCUCCCGUGUCCGGCGGCCCCCUCUGGCACCCUGUCUGGUCUCUACCUCCCCUCGUUCUCUACGAACUUGGUGAGUGGUGCUGACCUACAGGAUGCGGGGGUUCACCAGUUCACUCCUGCGAGUCAGCGGGUGACCCACUGCACGGACGCUCGGACAGGCCGCCACCUGGCCACGUUUACACGUCGGCCAGGGUCGAGCCUGUACACACUGACCACUGCGUCUCCUCCAGUCCCUGCGUCUGGUCAGGUAGCUGCGUCGGGUCAGGUGUUUGCUGCAGCGUCCAGGUCUGGUCCUGAGUCUGCCCCCUGCUCGUGUCGCCUCCUGUCUCACGAGACUCUCCUCUGGCACCACCGCCUUGGCCACCCCUCCCUGCUUCGUCUCCGGAGCAUGGCCUCCUGUGUCCUUGUCUCUGGUCUUCCCCGGUCCCUCCCUCCCCUUCCUCCGGGGCCAGGCCCUACCUGCGUCCCCUGUGUCGAGGGACGGCAGCGGGCUACCCCUCACUCCUCCCAGUUUCCUCCGACAGAGGCCCCGCUGCAGACGCUUCACAUGGACGUGUGGGGCCCGGCCCGCGUCCGUGGACAGGGUCACGAGCGCUACUUCCUGCUGGUGGUUGACGACUACUCGCGUUACACUACAGUCUUCCCCUUGCGCAGCAAGGGUGAUGUCACUGAGUUCUACCACCCCACCUCUCGCCGUGUUCUGUCCUCCCAGGACGUCACGUUCGACGAGUCGGUCCCCUACUACCGCCUCUUCCCCUACCGCACUCCGUCCCUCCCCCCGCCACCGCUCUUCCUUGUACCAGGUCCCCCCCCGGUAGACCCCCUCCCCCCUCAGGGUCCUGCCCCUUCAGGUGUGUCCCAGGUGGACGCUGUUGAGCCUGUCGAGGUCGCUGGUGACUCUGGUGCUGCUGAGGGUGCUGAGCCUGGGGGUGCUGACUCUAGGGGUGCUGAGCGUGUGGGUGCUACGCCUGGGGGUGCUGAGCCUGGGGGUGCUGAGCCUGGGGGAGCUGCGUGA